CUCGUCGUACUAAGCUGGAAUGUGUAAAUGUUAACGUGGCGGCGCUUAGGCGCGUUCUUCCAUACCGCACGCAUCCAGAAGUCAAUUGGCUGACUUGAGACUUAUAAUCAGAGUUCGAAGGCUGUAUCCAAUGUGCGCUGUCUCUCCACCAUGGCCAUCGCAGACGAAAAAUCGUCCCCUCCACAACCCAACGUGAUCACAGAGAAACCAAAUGGCAACCCAUCACCGUCAAAUACCCUCGACAGCCAAACUAAGAGAGAAGCAAGUCGUACAAGUCCACAGAAGUUUCUUGACAAACUGCCAACUUGGAUAUCGACGAAUCUACGCUCAAAACGAUCUCUAAAAUUGUGGGCAAGAUGCUGGCUCGCGUCUUGGGUUGGUUUCGUGAUUCUUCUACCCAACAAGUCUCUUAAUGUGCUGGGAAAUGCGGCGUUCUUCACAUUGCUGGCGAGUUUGAUGCUGCCACCAAACGUGCCAGUGCAACUUUUCCUUUUUUUGUCGUCGCCGACGGAGGUCUUGACCAUGCAUUCUGAACCGCCGAGCAUCACGGACACAACGUUUGGAGCUGUUGAAGUUGUGCACGUGUAUAGUGCGAUCGAGCUUCUGACAAUUGUUGUCGUAAUCGGUCUCUGCUUCGGUUGGGCUCUAGGUGCUGCUGGCAUGGCAGCUGCUUUGGCUGCCCGCGACCAACUUGCCCUCAAGGAGAGCUUGCAGCGAGAGCAGGAAAGUGUUGCAGGGCUGUCGAACCCAGAUGCUCUCUUCCAAGCUGACAUUUUCCAAGGCAAUUUCUUGGAUACUGGGUCCACAAUUGUCUUCGGUGUCUUCCUUGGAUUUGCAGCCUUCCUGUUCGCAUUGAUUCGAGCCUAUGCACCCAAGCUUACCAUCAUGAGCGUCUUUGGGACGAUAGCCAUCGACAUCUACUGUAGCUAUGGACCCCUGUUCCCGUUCGCUCAGUAUACGUUGCUGAACUCUUUCCUCAUUUCGAUGUCGUGCUACGUCGGACUUGGAAUCAUCAUCACUAUAUUCGUCUUCCCUGAGACGAUGAACCACUCGCUGUUGAUCAGUCACAGCGGCCUCUUGGGACAAAUCCAAUCACUAAUGGACAUGCAGCAGCAGGUACUGGAAUCGCAGCCCGAAGACCUAGCCCCGAACAGCACUUUACUCACGAAACUGCUUGGGCUGCGAUCCGGUCUCAUUGCAGGGUUUCAACGAAUGACUGGUUCUUCGAAGUUUGUCACCCUGGAGUUUAGUUAUGGCAAGUGGAAUGGGGAUGAUGUGAAAGAGCUCGAAGAGCCUCUACUAGCCGUCAUUAGUCGAAUCGGCUCGCUUCAAAGCUUUGCUAUGCUCCUGGGUCAUCCGGCCUCCCGUGCGGUAGAUGAAUCUACAGAUUCCCUCUCAUCCACAGAUAGCGAAGACGACUCUCCUCUAUCGGAAAGUUAUCUUCUCCGACAGCUGCGAGCCAGACACCAUGCUGGAGAGCUGGAACAUUCGGUUGGAGUCACGGAUUUGCUACCACUCAUUAAGGAGUCCACUGCCGACCUCCGAGAGGCUUGCUCUGAUGGCAUUGGGUCUAUUAAGGCAUAUAUCGACCUCAUCAACACCCGGAGAUACGCUCGGAAUUGUGACGUUGACGUUGAGCAAGGCAUCAAGAAUCUUGACGAGGGUAUGGCCAGAAUCAGAACAGCAUUGUCGGAUUUCAAAGAGACGAAACGCCUGCAACUUUCCAAUCCCUUUCUACCUAUCAUCGAGGCGUCGAAGAAUAAUCGGAAGUCGUUUCUACCCUUACGAAGUCUUUAUAUUGCCUAUGUCUUUGGGGCCAAUUUGAUCGUGCUGGCGGACGGAAUCCUUGCCUUGAUGGAAACUGUACUAUCGACUGCGAACAAGAGGAAGAGAAACCGAGUUUGGGCUCCGAGUUCUCUGAGGGCUAUUGGGAAGGCUUUGACUUCUCGUGGAGAUGUCAGCGAUCAGGCUUUGGGCGAGGAUAGAGCUAUCGAGGAGGAUGACGAGGUGCAGCGAGACGAACGUUCAUACAAGCUGGAUCCAGACAGCAAAGCGCCGACAAAUUUCUUCCAACGAGUUGCUAAUGCUCUGCAUCAUGUGUAUAAAUGGAGCAGGACCCCAAAGGCUGUGUUUGCCUUCAAGUAUGUUAUUGUCACCAUCGCGUUCUGGAUUCCUUCUGUGGUUAGGACGAGUGCCCAUUUUGUGUACCAACAGAAAGGGCUCUGGGCUCUGAUUAUGGCCCAAACGACGAUGAAUAUUUAUGCUUCCGACCAGAUCUUCAACUAUGCGAUGCGACUCAUUGGUACCUUUAUCGGCGCCUUAUUGGGUCUGCUCAACUGGUACAUUGGUUCGGCGAAGAGCAAUGGCAGUCCCUACGGAGCUGCCGCAAGUGUUGCAGUGUUUCUCAUUCCUAUCGUGUUCUUGAGAUUAUAUUCACCUCCGCAAUUCCUCCCAGGAACUAUGUUGGUUGCGGUUACGUGGGCUUUGGUAAUGGGCUAUUCCUGGCUUGACGGGCAUAUACCUGUUUUUGGAAACGUUGGUAUCGGCUGGUCUAUCGUAUGGCGUAGAUGGCUGACAGUGAUGAUUGGAUGUGCUGGUUCUUUCAUCCUGAUGAUGUUCCCACCCAAGUCAGGACGAAAGGCUGUCCGACUGAGGAACGCCUCAAGCAUUACAUCCAUUUCUUAUCUAUAUUCCAUGCUCAUCUCUGCUUGGAUUAGCGAGAAGGAAAAACCCCAACAGGAUGGAGUGGAGUGGGUACCAGGAUUCCGUGAUCGCAUGAUCGCCGUCGCUGCUAAACUUCAAGCUGUCAAGGGCCAGACAGAGAUCGCUCGAUGGGAAGGUAGCAUACGCGGGGCUUGGCCAUAUGAUGAUGCGUUUACUCGCUCGACGUACUUUCCUUUACUUGCUGAUUAUCUACGACAGCUUGGAGGUUCGCUCGCUCACCUCGAUCAUUCAGUACGCGUGAAGUAUCUACAGCAUACACGAAGCAUCAAUCCGAACUUUAUUGCCGACGUCAUGGCUUCAUUCUCUAUGAUUGCUCAAGCACUUCGAACCGGGGAACCCCUACAUGAAGCAUCCCAGCAGAAUUUGUUGGACAGACUCCAUUAUCAUGGUGCUGUGGCCAAUCAGUCUCUAGCACAAGGAGAUGGGGAAGCAUCACAACAUCCUUUACUAGAAACCAUUACAGACUACGACUUCAUGUUCUAUGCUUCCGCCGUCGUAGCAGUGUUCCAGCUUCUUGACGGGCUCAAUGAGCUAAGACGAAUAACUGUACAACUUGUGGGAGAGGUACCUUUACAAGGUCUUUCACGAUGGCGAGAUGAAUUUGAACGAGUACACGAGCUUGUAUGAGCUUGUAGAAUGUCACUGUUGUGUUGCCCACUUCUUGUAGGAGUGCAUCCACUCUAGCUUGGGUACCCAUAUUCUCAUACAUCAUAUCAUUAGUUUUUUAAGCUUUUAAGUGUGAUCUGGCGUUGUCCGAUAGCAGACUUCGACUUUGUGCAUGUUGGUGUAUUAAUGCACACGUGCGCUUCGCAUGCUAUAGAGUGUCUUCGGGAAGGGCAAAAUUGAAUGUGGUUCCUGUUCCCC